UGAUCCCCUUCGUCCGUCUGUAUGGGCCAUUACCUUGUUGAACGGGCCUGGCACAUAAUUACCCUUUUCUUAUGUCUCCAUAAUGCAUUAAAGAAAGUGGAUGGCCAAACAUUGAACCGCUUUGUUUUCAGAGAUUACCAAUGCUGAUAUUUAAUGAAGUCCAUAUACCCUUACUCUCACCGUAUCUUCUUCCGUCUAUUUCUUGCUCUUUUCCCAUUGCUGUGUUUGCUCGUCAAUCCUCUAGUUCACAAUGGCAGAAGGCCAGAGUGCUUCGGUGAUCAAUGGGCUAGGCAAGACCGUUUCUCAACUUGAGAAGCUCGUGUCAGCAUCACUACGGCCUUUGCCCACUGACACAGGGGAUGGAUCUUAUGUCACGGAGUCAAACAGUACGGGAUUUGUCAGAGACCUCAGUCGUAUGGAUCUCAACGAUGUCAAAACCAUCGUAGAGAUCACCAAGAAUGCCGCUACAGGGGAUCCCGUCAAUGAUAAGCAGUAUAUAAUGGAGCGUUUGAUCCAGCUUACUACCGCGCUUCCGUCCACCUCUCGAGUCGGUAAAGAAUUGACAAAUCUUUUCCUCAACCAGUUGUGGAAGGACCUGGAGCAUCCUCCAGUUUCCUAUCUUGGCCGCGAGUACUCGUACCGAGAAGCAGAUGGUUCAGGCAAUAAUGUUCUAUGGCCUCACAUUGGCGCUGCUGGUUCUCAUUACGCAAGAUCCGUUCGCCCAAAGACACCGCAGUCCCCUGCACUCCCAGACCCAGAAACGCUUUUUGAUUCGCUUUUGGCGCGCAAAGAUUUCAAGGAGCAUCCAAACAAGAUAUCCAGCAUUCUGUUCUACAUUGCGUCCAUUAUUAUCCAUGACUUAUUUCAAACGGAUCGCAACGACGACACGGUUUCCACGACAUCAUCAUAUCUCGAUCUUUCACCGUUGUAUGGCAAUAAUCAAGACGAGCAAAAUCUUGUCAGGGCUUUCAAAGAUGGAAAACUUAAACCGGAUUGUUUUUCCACCAAACGUGUACUGGGAUUUCCCCCAGGUGUUGGCGUGUUACUGAUCAUGUUUAACCGUUUCCACAACUACGUAGUCGAGCAGCUGGCAUCCAUAAAUGAAGGCGGCCGGUUCACUAAACCAGAUGAAACAGAUACGAAAGAAUACGCAAGAUAUGAUAGCGACCUCUUUCAAACGGGUCGGCUAGUGACUUGUGGACUAUACGUUAAUAUAAUCCUCAAAGACUACGUCCGAACUAUUCUGAAUGUUAACCGAACUGACAGUGUAUGGAGCUUGGACCCUCGUGCUGAGAUGAAGGAUGGCUUGCUCGGCGACGCAGCAGCUGAGGCCACGGGCAACCAAGUCUCGGCUGAAUUCAAUCUCGUAUACAGGUGGCAUUCUUGUAUUUCUCAACGUGAUGAGAAGUGGACCGAGAACUUGUACAAAGAUAUGUUUCCUGGGAGAGACCCGAACGGUGUUUCCUUGCAAGAGUUCGUACGAGGUCUCGGAAAGUGGGAAGCGGGCCUCCCAGAGCAACCCCAGGAUCGCCCAUUUGCAGGCUUACAACGUAAACCUGAUGGAUACUUCGAUGACGACGGUCUCGUCAGGAUCUUCGAGGAGAGUGUUGAAGACUGUGUCGGUGCGUUUGGUGCAUCUAACGUUCCAACGAUCUUCAAAAGCAUCGAAGCUCUGGGCGUGAAACAAGCCCGGUCCUGGAAUUUGGCCACUUUGAACGAAUUCCGCAAAUAUUUCAAUUUGACUCCCCACAAAACAUUUGAAGACAUCAACUCCGAUCCCUACAUAUCUGAGCAGCUCAAGCGGCUAUACGAUCACCCAGACAACGUGGAAAUCUACCCGGGCGUUAUCGUCGAGGACACAAAGGAAUCCGUAGUUCCUGGAAGUGGGCUGUGUACGAAUUUCACGAUUUCUAGAGCCAUCCUCUCCGAUGCCGUUGCCUUGGUUCGAGGCGAUCGCUUUUACACAGUCGAUUUCACUCCAAGGCAUCUUACAAACUGGGCCUUCAGUGAAAUCCAGCCCAAAGACUCCGUUGAUCAAGGACAUGUUUUCUACAAGCUCGUGUUGCGGGCAUUUCCCAACCAUUUCAGGGGAAACUCUAUUUACGCACAUCUUCCCCUGGUUAUUCCUUCUGAAAACAAGAAGAUACUGACAGAGCUUGGGUUUGCUGAAAAAUACAGCUGGGACAGGCCCUGCUAUACUCCUCCGCCACAAUUUAUUACCUCUCAUUCGACUUGCAUGUCAAUAUUGUCUGAUCAGGAGACGUUCAAGGUGACAUGGGGUUCAAAGAUUGAGUUUUUGAUGCAGCGUGACAAACAACCCUACGGCAGAGAUUUCAUGCUGUCCGGGGACCGGCCUCCAAAUGCAGCGUCUCGCAGAAUGAUGGGAGCUGCUCUGUACCGGAAGAGAUGGGAGAAUGAAGUAAAAGCAUUUUACGAAGAUAUAACUUUGAAGCUUUUGCACAGGCAUUCUUACAAGAUUGCUGGGAUCAAUCAAGUUGACAUUGUCCGAGAUGUUGCAAAUCCCGCUCAGGUUCAUUUCUGCGCGACGGUUUUCUCGCUACCUUUGAAAACUGAAUCUAAUCCCCGAGGGAUCUUCACGGAGUCAGAGCUAUACAAGAUUAUGGCUGUCGUUUUCACCUCCAUCUUCUACGAUGCGGAUCCUGCCAACUCAUUUGAACUUAACCAGACUGCCCGGGCAGUGACACAGCAGCUUGGGCAGCUAGCAAUGGCAAAUGUCGAGGUUGUUAACAAGGCCGGGAUCAUUGCCGAUCUAGUAAGCAGUUUACACCGACACGACGUGCUCAGCGAUUAUGGUGUCCACAUGAUCCAACGACUCCUUGCCAAUGGUCUACCAGCGCAUGAGAUUGUAUGGACCCAUAUAUUGCCAACCGCUGGCGGAAUGGUAGCAAACCAGGCGCAGCUUUUUUCCCAGUGCCUUGACUAUUACCUUUCUGAAGAAGGCUCGGUCCAUUUGCCUGAAAUCAAGCGACUGGCGAAGGUUGACACACCGGAAGCUGACGAACUGCUGUUAAGAUACUUCAUGGAAGGUGCUCGGCUUCGGUCUUCCGUAGCACUACCUCGAAUGGUGGCAAAGCCCACUGUUGUUGAAGACAACGGGAAGAGGCUGAAUCUAAAGACAGGGCAACACAUACUUUGUAACCUGGUGUCUGCCUCCAUGGACCCCACAAGUUUCCCAGAGCCCGAAAAGGUCAAGCUUGACCGUGACAUGGAUCUCUAUGCCCAUUUUGGUUUUGGUCCACAUCAGUGUCUAGGUAUAGAGCUUUGCAAACUAGCACUUACCACGAUGCUGAAGGUCAUCGGGCGGUUGGAUAAUCUGCGUCGUGCCCCUGGGCCCCAAGGGCAGUUGAAAAGACUGUCUGGACCCGGUGGGAUUGCGAAGUACAUGACUCUCGAGCAAAGUGGAUUUUCUCCCUUCCCAACGAGCAUGAAGAUCCAGUGGGAUGGUGAGUUACCGAGGUUGGGGGAGAGAUAAGAAUAGUGAAACGCAAUGUUGACAGAAUGCUCUCUCGGAUAAACGUUAACAAGAAUGUAUUGUUGACCGUGUCAUUACUACAUUGUUGGUUUGUAUAAAGUCAAUUCGAAAUGACAUAUUCUUUUUCUUUUGGUAAAUCGGCAUUCCUACCCGGUGUAAUUAUUCCGUGGGAGUUCCUCAUG